CCGAGUUGGAAACUAUGAACUCUCAUUGGACGGCACAGCACCUGCUCGGAUUGGCACGGUCGUGGAGGGGCGCCAUUACGCUCUAGUACCGCGGAUAAGGCAUAGAGGGCUAUAGACUGAACAUACAUGGGUCAUAAAGGAUUCGAAGAAGUAGAGGAGAAGGACGCGUAACAAAUACUCUGCAAUAGGGUUAAACGGCGUUGUUGAUAUUAUUACUCUAAGUGGCCGGUCGUAAACGUAAAGCGUGUGCCGCCGUAUUACAUUCACAGACUAUGAUAUAUAGUGCGCGAGGGUGUAGUGAUUGGAGCCUUGCACAACAGCAAUGAGUUCCAAAUUUAUUAUUGAUAGUAUGUUACCUAAGUACCAUCAACAAUUUCAUCAUCAGCAAUUAUUUCAAAGUCCAGUAAGCACAUCUUCAAUUGAGGCAAGCUUAGCGUCCGUUGUCAACUACAGUUCAUCAGGUUCACCGAGUGGUUCUUCUCCUCAACAUUCGAAUAGUAGCGCUUCCUCGACUUCACCUGCAUCUAGAAUGUAUCCUUACGUAUCAGCAGCGACGGCGGCAGCUCAUCAUCAUCAUCAACAACAAGCAGUAGCGGCUGCAGCCUUUGGAGCGGCCGCCGCUUCGGGCAGCAUGGUUCCAGGAGGUUUUCCUUCAAGUGCAAGUACAGCCGCUUUAGCUGCAGCAGCGGCUGUCGAUGCCGCCGCCGAUAAAUCCUGCAGGUACACGGCUGGUUUAACCGGUAACGUUGGUCCCACAGAUUCUAUGGUAAAUUAUACAUUGGGACAUCACCAUCAAAAUGGAGCGGCAGUUUCAGCGGCAGCGAGCUCUGUAAGUGCAGCAUCCGCUUCUAUGGCAGUAGCAGCACAAUUUUAUCAUCAAGCAGCUUCAGCUGUCGUAGAUCCAUUGACUUCUUGUUCACAAACUACCGCACCCGGAGGACAACCUAUUCCAGAUAUUCCAAGAUAUCCUUGGAUGUCAAUCACAGACUGGAUGAGUCCCUUUGAUCGGGUCGUCUGUGGUCCUAAUGGUUGUCCGAGACGACGAGGCCGGCAAACGUACACCCGUUUUCAAACCCUUGAAUUAGAAAAAGAGUUCCACUUUAAUCACUAUUUAACAAGAAGGAGACGUAUCGAGAUCGCUCAUGCUCUUUGCUUGACAGAGAGACAAAUAAAAAUUUGGUUUCAAAAUCGUAGAAUGAAACUUAAAAAAGAAUUACGAGCAGUAAAAGAAAUCAACGAGCAGGCGAGGAGAGAAAGAGAGGAACAAGAAAGACACAAACAACAACAACAAGAGAAACAACAAAAAAUGGAACAAAACCUACACCAACAUCACCAUGACCCGAUGAAAUUGAACUUGGAAAAGUCGGGCAGUUCCGAUCUACUUAAGGCCGUAUCGAAAGUUCCAACAUAAAGGGAAUUGAAAAAAUGGUGAUAGAUAUUUUUUGACUUUGUGUUAUAUACGUAGAUCAAAGUGAUUAUCGUUUUAGAGCGAUACAAAAUCGGACUUCUUGAAAGCGGAUUUUUCGAGAAUUUAUUAUUAGUUGCGGUACUUCUAACUGGCCAAUCUGUUGAAAUUUAAAAUAGGAGUGAAAUCGUGAUUCUUCCAAAUAAAACUAAAAAGUUUCUUGAUAUUAUCUAAGAUAUCAUUAGACAAAUGAAAAAUGUAUUAAAAAUGUGAAAUUUUACAUAAGUAAUUCAUAAUAUUUUAUACAUAGUGCCACAAAAAAAUUCUAUUACGUAGAAUUGGAAUUACUUCAAUGAUACCGCACUUAAAAUUAACUUACAGUUGUGGAUGAUAAAAAUAUCAACAACAAUAGUCAUGGAAAUUCAAUAUCUAUUAUCUUAUCUUGCCUUGUUUGCACAAUUUUGACGUUUACUUCAUGUUUAAAAUUGCAGGGAAACAAAUCAAUCGUUUUUCUACCAUUAAUUAUAUAUUGUGACACUUAAUGACUCCAUCUCAUGUGAAACCUUCGGUCAAUAGAAAGUUAGUAUUAAAGUUAUUGUUUACGUACUUUCUGUAACACAAUAGUUCGUCUUAAGAAGCUAGGGUUUUAAGACGUUAUGUUCUUCUGAUAGUUUUCAUACACUUGUUGAUUCAUUAUCAAGUGCUAUUAGUAAAUUGAAGAGCUACUGAACAUAUACUAGGUACUGGACUCUUGUCACCACUUUUCAGCAACUAACUUCUAAAGUAUUUAAUUCUUAUUUUAUAUUCUGAGCAACAUUACAUUCACGUUUCUAUAAUUGUUUCAUGUAAUCUCAAAUUAAUAUAUUCAAACAUAUUUUAAAAAUAUCCAUAUUAAAUAUCUUAAGCGUAAUAUCUUCUGACCUGAAAAUAGUUUCGAAAAGUCAACCCACAUUUCCAAUGCUUAUCUUCAUUUGAUAUCAGUGAAAUAUUUCAUUUUAACUGUUAAAUAGAAAAAUUUAAUUGACGCCAAGACUUGACACCUGAAUUAAACUAAACAUUCAAUCCUAUCAACUCUACAAACAAUUCUAUUACUUUUUUUCCAAAUAUCUAAUAAAUAAUUUUAUGUUCUACUAUUACUAAAUAAAUAAUUUCGACUACAGUAAGUGAAUCUGGUACUACUUUUGCCUCGUUACGUAGGAUAAACUAUUUUUUUGGAUUACGUAAAAAGAACUCUUUCAGUAACUCAAGUCAAGAAUUUACAAUCAUUAGAAACUACUACUACUUUCAAUAAUUCGAUAAUGAAGUAAUGAACUGGAAAAAUAUUUGAGUUAUGCUAUACUCUUCUGAUUUUUUCUAUUAGUCUUCAACUAGGUAUAUUGAGUCCUGUGGUCUAAAAAAGAAAACAAAUGUUAACAUUGUUGUUACUCAGAUACAUUGAUCCUAUAAGAAUUUUACUUCAUUCAAUAUCAUUUUAUUAUAUUUACCAGUCAUUUGAUGGACAGAAAAUUUGGAAAAAUUGUAUAAACAAAGCGGAACUAGUUUGUUAUAAACUUGUGGAUAUAUAAAAGCGGUUUCAUAAGCUUUUCUUUAUUACUAUCACUCAAAUUGUAGAAAUUUUCGUCAAUAAACUUGAAUUGGAGAUGUAUGAAUACAAAAAUUUUGAAAUUCUGUAAUACAUUUUUUAGUAUGUUCACGUCUUUUUAGGAAAUGUUAUUGAUAAUAUAUUAUAAGACUCCAAAACUUAAGGUUCGAUACUUUCUGUUCAUUAGUUUCCCAAAAGUCAAGCUUCAAUGCUUGAACUUAAGUAGAGGUACUUCUCCAUUAAGUUUUGUGGUACCGCUAUUUAAUUUUUUUGUAGAUUUAAUUUAUUUCACAUUUUUAAAUAUACUAUAAAUUGAAAUAUUGAUCGUCAUGUAUUUUCAACAUGAAAAAAUUUCAUUAUUUAAUGACAAUUUGACGUACUGUAAAUAGGAAUUCCCGAUAACUUUUCUCAUUCCAACGGAUUGGCCAUAAACAUGACAUUUUGCUGCUGUUGCUCGUUUUAGUUACUGCGUUCACUUUUUCGGACUCUUUCGCAAAAAAGUGUUCGAUGGAUUAAACCAGCAGUAUUUUUAGGCUUCGUUGUGUUUUAAAUUCGUUGUAUAUGAGGGUAGUGUGUUCACGUUAAUAUUUUUAUACUUUAAAGUAACUUUGUUCCGUUUAUUGAUUUUAUUUUUCUUUUUAAUUAUGAUCAGAUCCCUGAUCUAAACUUGGCGUUAUUUUACGUACCAUUGUUGUGAUUAAUAUAACACUUUUGUUUUUAUUAAAUUUUAGAAUGCCAAUAUUGUCUAUUGUUUACCUGUGAGUAGUUUCAGUUAUCCUGUGCUAAAAUAAUUCUUUAGAAAAUUAAAGACUGAUUAUAAUAAACCGAAUUCGACAGUUAUUUCAUAUAUAUAUAUUUUUGUUUACUUCCUCCAGUUAUGAAUGACCAUACUUCAGAACUGCUACUGAAAUUAAAUGCAAUAAAAUGAGCUAAGUAAUGAUUUUAAUUGAGUUUUCAGACGACUUUUCCUUAGCUAUCUCCACAGUUUAAACUUUUAUACUCACUCACUUAUCUUCUUAAAGUGCUCAUCCGUUUUGAAAGUUGCCUCUUAGAAUUUUGUCAACGUUAGCCCGAAAUAGUUAAGUCGUGCAUUGUAGACUUACGUUCCUAAAUUCUUCAAACACGAUAAUUUUCUUUUUUGCGUUACUUUUGCUUCAUAUGGGUUCCUUGAAGGAUUUCCUGUGUAGGGAUUUAUAGCUUUCACUAUACUCAAGAUAUGUUGCUAUCUAGUACAAUCUUUAUUCGGGACUUUCCUUUUCAUUUUUAACAUUGGUUAUCCAUCUAUCCAAGGUAUCAAUUGGACUCCAAAUUUCACCAUUCAUAUUUCGAAUUCCCGGCCUUUAUGAAUUUUGAAUUACACCACCAUAGAAAUAAUUUGCCUACUAAUUAUUGUAACUAUUGUUAGUACUUGUUACCAAAUAGUGAGAAAUAAACAGAGAUGUCAUCACAUGGUAUACGGAUUGUUCCAAAAACAUCAAAAAGAACUAGAAUAGCAGUAUACGGACCAAGAGCUAAACAUUAUGAAAUUCUCAGCAACAUCCCAAACCUUUUUUCAGCAGAGAUAAUUAUACAAUUGAAGAAUGUCUCAAGUUCAAUCUAGUAAGGAGUUAUUGCAAAUAUGAAAUCAGUAUCUUGUCUGAUAGCUUAUUAAUCAUUAGAGCUCCAAGCUCCAUUGUCACAAAAUUCAAACUAGUUUGGCAAUACCGGUUCAAGCUUUGGGGACACACUGGUGGGAAUAUCUGACAAAAUCGCUAAAGUAAGGUCAGACUUACUCUUUAAAGGUCCUGAAUCCUGUUGUAGUGUGAGCCACAUAAUAGAGAAAGCAUUGAAAAAAGAGGUAGAUAGGGGUGAAACCAGUUACUGGGACAAUCUAUAGAGGCUUAGACAGCCAAAGGCACUCCUGACAAACUAUAACCAGAGAAGAUCUGCUGGAUGUAUCAGCCUAAAUCAGCCUCAUCUUAAUGGAUAACUGAAGAAGCUUAACUUAGCAGAGAAUGCAGUUUACAGGUUUAUUUUUAGCAACUCCUUUAGAUUCAAUGUAAAUAGAUCGUAUCAUAUUGUUGUUGUGAUCUCCUGGUUUUGCCUCACGUUAUUUUCAAUAUGAAGGGCAUGUUCGUAUGUGUGUUUUGAUGAACUGAGAAACGGGUUGUUACUGUAAAAAAAUGCAGAUCCUCAUAUAUUCGUAUUAUUUUAUUUUUCGAUUUCAAUCAAUUCUGAAAUAUUUUUCUAAAGAAUUAUAAGUACAUGAAAAUUAAUUAUCUCAUUGUAUUUAUGGGCUGCAAUAUUUAUUUGUUAUUUGUUAAAUUAUCUGUUUAUUUUGCUAUCGUGCUAAGCUUCAUAAGCUAUAAAUUUGCCGCCAAUUUCGAAAAACCAUUCAAAAUUAUUAGAAUAUUGAAGAAAAGCGCGGUCUCUCUCAAAAAAAUUAAUAUCACAAAUAGCAGAUGCUUAGGUUUAGAACAAAUUAUGUGUUUUGGGAGAGUAUGAGGCUCUUUGAAGACGAUCCAAGUUUUUUUACUAUAAAAUUGACCAUUAAAAAACAAUAAUUAUUAGAAUAUUCAAUGAUUAUUACCCUAAAUAGUGAUUGAUUGUUGAUCGUCCGAUGUUUUAGACAAAUCUGUAUUAAAGGGUAGAUCAGUUUAAAAUUUUUUAACGUUCUCUUAUAUUUAUUAUUUGUCACAUCACUUUAAGUGCAAAUGAUAUCAUAAAAGUAUACAUUUCAUCAAUGAUUUUCAAAUAUACGUAUUUUGAAAUGGUUUUUCCAAAUCCCAGUGACAGAACGAAUAUAUUUUUCAAAAAAAAAAAUAGUAAUCCAGGGACAUAUUAAUCUGGCCGAGUAAACUGUACUCUAAAUACUCCUAUACGUAAUUUGGUGUCAGGGUAGAAAAAAUUUUAAAAAUAGUCUCCAUUAGUACGAUAUUCAUUUCAAGGUUUAUACAUUUUCUUUUACCUGAUUAUUCUUUUGAAAUUGUUACAUGAUACGAAUUUCAUCUAUUAUUAUGUAACGACAUCGAUGAAGUGGGCGAAUUCAUUGUUUCCUUUAUAAAAAACGUGAAAUCUGGAAAACUUUUAUUUGUAAUUUCUUUUUGGAAAACAAAAUGUAUAAACUUCAUUUUAUGAUAAUAUAUGCAAUACAAAUAAGCAACAUGUAAACUCCUGUUUGAAUUUAUUUUAAUCGAUUUAUUGAGUUUUUCUCUUAUUGCCGAUAAAAUGAUAUAUACCAUGAACUCUGAUAUUACUUUUCAAUACUUUGGUUAGAUAAUGAGAUCUAAAAGGGGCAAUUUUUCUAGUAGUCUGUCGAGUUCAUAAGUUUAACUCAAGAUAGGAUUCUUCAAUUCAAACUUUUUAUGGUGUGGGUGAGUUAACUCAAAUGCCAUUUUCACGUUCAAUUGAAAAUCACAUAAGUUAUGUGUGUUCCUUCUUCAUAUUUAUUGUAAAAAUAAGGAUACGUGAAAGUUAUGUGGAAUAAAUUUUAUUUAAGCUAAAUGUGAAGAUAUCAAAAUUAUUACAUGGACAAACCAAAUAAACCAAAUAACGAACAUAUAUUCAAUUAAUCAGUUUUAUUUGACGUCUAUUUUUUACUUCCACCAAUGCUUCGAAUUCAAAUACUAUCUAAAUAGUUUGUAGAGUGAUCUCAAUAUUAAAAAUGACAGUGAAUUGCAGUACCAGUUAGAAUAUUAUCUUUUAUCUAUUGGGCGAAGUAACUUUUGAAAUCUUUUGCGUAAAAUUAUGAAACUCAGAUUUUUCUUGCCAACAAUUGCUUAGAUUUUAUCUGAAUUGUAAAUUCAGACAGGAGACAUUGAUAACUAAAUCAAUAAUUCUUCUGUAUUGAUAAAAAUAUAUUCUCGUCUUCUCUAAUUCUAUCAGGUGUAAAAUAUUUUCUUAUAGAUGGAUGUUGUUUUGUGAUUACUAUGUAAUAUUUAAGUCGGGAGUUAUUAAAAAUCCCCGAUAACAAUUAUAGAUACGUAAAAUUGUACAAUAUUUUCAAAGCAACACAAUAUGUAAAUUUAAACAAUUGUAUAGUUUCUGUUGGAUAUGUAAAAAUAUACAAGUAUACGCGAUUUUUUCUUUGAGAAGAGAAAUCAUGAAAAUAUUUAUCAGAACGAUAUCUUAUCUUGGGAAUCAAACUGUUCGUUCAUACUUCAUAUUAAAUAAUGAUUUAUUGCCCAAUUUUUAUAGCUACAUGUACUAAAAAACGUAAAAAUAAGAGGCCAAAUAGAAAUCUCAAUAUUUAAAAUGAAUAAAAAGGAUUUAUUUCAAAUUCUCUAAUUCAUAUGAAUCAAUUUAUAUAUUUCGUUUGAUCACUUUUUGUUUAUAUUAGAAACUAUGUUGAUAGAAAUUUGCUAGCAACCCAUUUUGAAACUGUUGGACAAAAGGUUUAAUGAUAUAAUGAAUUAUCGAUAAUUAACCAUCUUUAUGCAUAUGCAUAUGUAAGAAAUUCCUACAAUAUCAUAAGAAUGUUUUCAAGCAAAGUAUAUCACGUAUAACUCACUAACAAGGGUCAACACUCUCAUUAGGCUCAGAAAUAAUAUUGAAAAUGGACGAUGAAGAAACCAAAAUAUAGUUGCGACCUACUGAGUGAGACUAAGCGAAUAAUUAGGAAUCUAACUGAUCUGCUAUUUGUAGGUUCAAACAUUAAGAUGAAAAAUAUUCUUACAAGUUUAGGUUUUUUUAAUUAAACCAUGUUAAUAUUUACGUUUUUUCUGAUAUAUGGAAAAGCUUUAUGACAAAAGCUCUGAUGAGAACAGAUGAUGACAAAUACGACAAAAAAUAUAUAAAAAGACGUCGUUUUGAUCACGUGUAUUCAUUAUAACUCCUCAUUCCUCCAAUUUUUUAAUGGAGCAUUUUGUUUAUUCUUGCUUAUAAUUCUUGCAGUAUAAUUGGGCUUUAGAAGCUUUUUAUACAUUUCUGAAUAAUUCGCUUAAAAAAAUAGACUGAGUACCAUACAAUUUGAUGUUCGUUUAUCCACACUAUAUAAGUCGGCGUCGACCAAUAAGGUGGUAGUUCCAACAUUAAACUAGUGACUAAUUGCCCAAAAAUUUGUUUUUGUCUCGAAUAAAUUCAAAGCUCGGUAUCUACCAAAUGGAAUAAGAUUAGUCCGAAUUGCGUGUUUUGUUGAGAUAUGUUUUCUCUUGUUUCCUCUAGACGAACUGUUUUUAUCAUGACUGCUCUAGAUGAUGUAUUUAUUUAUAAUGUAAUAUAAUUAUUUAUAAUAUGGCAGAUAUGAUGAAAGAUAAGGAAUAAAUGCAGAAUUGAGGUCAUUGCUCUUCCGUUAUUCCCUUUCUCAAAACUCCUGUUUUUGUUUUGCGAAAUCGACAGAUUUUGUUUGUUUGGUGGAAAUUCGCCUUCAUAUUUAAUAACGUUCGUACCAUGAGAACGUAAAAAGAUGAGGUCUAACUCCAAUGGAGCCUCAUAAACUAAGACUAUAUCGGAAUCAUCAUCUUAUUUUAUUUAUUUAAUAUAAAAUUAACCAUAAGGAUUUUCCUCAUAUCCACAACGAUUUUCAUUUGUUGGCAGCGGCUACUAUUGUGAGUCUUGACUGUUGACUACACCAUUAAGACAGAUAUCCUAAAAUAUUUCCGGAUUGCUGUUUGGUGGGUCACUCAUAAAUUCUCAAAACUAUAUAUGUCGGUGGAAAUUCUUUUCUUGCCACUCUUUUAAUUUAAUUUUGUUAGGAUGGACUUUGGGUGAAAUUCUGAAAAACAACUACUGUGAGAAACAUCGCGAUUAGAAUUUGUGGUAUUUAGAGUUUUUCUUUAAAGUAGACAACAAUUACCGUAAAUUGUUAAAUAUCCAAUGUAACCGAGGUUCAUUGAUCUCGUUUCUAAAAAACAAAUAAUUUCCAGUUACGCACUUGUUUAUUCUCAUAGGCUGAACAGAAAAACAAAAUCUUUCAUUUAAAAAAAAAAUAACACAAGGAAUAAUAGGAUGAAGAAGUAGAAAGUUAUAAGGAGUACAUGUGACUAAAAAGACGUCGUGACUUCAAAUUUACAUAGUGUUGCAGUUUUGAUUGGAAUUACUUUUUUCAUAUUUAUUGAUUCAUCGAGUUGAAAUGAAAUUAUAUCUAUACUACAACGAGCAUAGUUCAAAUUAAUUUAAGUCGUUUUAACAGAUUGUUUUAGUGAAUAAUCUCAACAUCUGUUUUGCUUCAAAUGCCCAGCAUAAUUUGUGGUGUCCAAAGGAAAUGUUUUACUUUGAAACUGUUUAGUUCGAGAAUAGGCUCACACCCUAUUCGAAAGUUAACUUGAACUAUAUAACAAAUCAUACUGUUGAUAAUAUAAUUAUUAAUAAAUAUUAUAACUUAGCGAAUAUAUAAUGUGUGAAAAAAACAAACUCAAACUUCCGAAAAACAAUUGUUCAAAUAAAACAGAUUUCUUUAGACGUGAUCAAGUAGAUAUUUGAAAUUUUUAAUAUAUGGUUCAAUAUUCAGAUUACCCCAAAAAUAUGCUUCUUUAUUUACAUUUUUUAAAAGUUAUUUCCAUUUGUUAGACUUUUAUUUAUUUUUAUAGUUAAUUUAUGUGUUUACCACAUGUAGAUAAGUUUAUAAACAGAAUGAUUCUCAGGUAAUGAUUAACGUUGAGGCAGUCUAUAGUGAAAAAAUAUUUUGAACCUAUCCGGAUAAUCUUCACAAAGUCACUCCAAUUUUUCCUUAACAGGAUUUUGUUUAGCGGUUGACGAAAAAAAAUUGGUUUAUUAUGUCGAAGAUGUAUCUCGUGUUGGAUAUAAAAAUAACAUUCCUAUGUACCUAUAUACAAAUUGAGUUUAAAAUUUAUUGAUUGGAUUUUCACAAUUCAUAAUGAGAUCGUACUUUUCUAUAGAGUUGGUACAAUGAACUAAUUUAACAACAAUGAAAUUGCAAAAUCUCAUUACUAUAUCUACAUACAUCAAAAUAACUAUAGUAGUCGUUUAUACAAAAUUGAAAUCUUGUAUAAAAAUCCGAUUGUUAUUCCUAACGAAUUUCUGUCCUUCUCGAAUGUUUGUUUUAUGAAUCUUGUUUUUAAUUUUCUCAUUUUAUUCAAUAACUAGCGUUUCUGUCGCGGCCUCGCUCGCGAUAUUUGCCCGUUCAAUUUAAUUUUAAUAGAUUAUUUAGACCGUUUUUUAUCCAAAUCCGUUGUUAAACAGUUUACACAUAACAUGUUAUUCCAUAUAUGUGCAAAAUUCUAUUCAAAUCCGUCAAAUUCAAAUAUUCAAAAAAAACUAAUUUUAAAACAGAGUAAUAAAUCUCUACUGUUUGGACGAUUCAAUAUUUCUAUUCAAAAAUGUAACUACAACAAAAUAUCGCCGCAUGUCAUAGAAUUGAGAAGUAUAGUUCGUAUUAUCUUUGAGGAGCUCAAUUGGUCCAUUUGAUCGUCUACAGCUGUUCUUACUAUUUUGUUAAUUUUCAUAUAUAGAUAUUAGUUAUAGAUUACGUACUUAUUCGAUUCAAUAUCGAAAUUUUUGAGAAGAAAAAUGUAGUCUAUACAGAACUAAGCCAAAAAUAUUUUUUUUAUUGGUAUCGUAGACUCUAUCAGGAUUAGAGAAUAGAGAAACUCAAUCCUGCAUAUAAAAUUAACCUCUAUGAACCGGAAUUAUAAGAAUUUAACUGGUAGACAGCGGAUUCAUUGAAAGCGGCCUUACAUGUAUCAAUUUUUGUGAGAAUAUUUUGGAGACACACUAAAACAUAUGUAACAAUCUUUUGAAGUGGAAGAAACUGCCACUAUUCCAUGUUAUCAUGGCGUCGAAAUGCUAUCCGGAAAAAUGUGGUUCCGUUUCGACAUUCUUAAACACCCUUAGACGUCGAACAUAAUACAAAAGUGACCUGGGUAGGUUCACUCUUACACAUAUUGGAAACUACUAUUCAAUGUUUUCAAUGUUUCAAUGUAGAGUUUUUAAUUUAACUUUCAAGACUAUUUAGCCUUGUUUUUGUUACUUUUAUGAACGAACUGUUAUUUACUGAGAUGCCAGAACUACGAAAAGCAGCUUUAAAUCAUUAUAUUUCAAUGAUUAUAACUUCUGUGUUCACAUAAAUAUAUUUGAAUUAUCAAUUAUUUUCUGAGAAACGAACAUCAGAUCUUAUCUUAUUAAAGAAGAAGUACACAUGCUCAAACGCCAGCAAAUAACAGGUUUUACCAUCAAAUCUUAUUUUGCAAAUGUAGUAAUCCCCGCAUAAGAGUUGCUUUUUUGUUUCGGCUGAAAUAAUUGUAUGGUAGUUGGUUUUUUUUUUAGGUAUGCACGUGAAUUGUUUAAACAAUUUUGAGUUGGUAGAGAAAACAUUCCAGAUUAUUCUUGUCUGGGUUGCCUUUCCACGUUAAAAAUGGAUGACAAACUCUAACAAAUCGGUAGUGUGUUCCGAUCUAAUGUAAUAUGAUAUGUAAAAAGUUUGUACCAAAUCGGUAUUCAUUUUGCAUUGUCAGUCAAGAAGUUUUCACUAAGUUCAGUAUUCCCGUGCUUCCAAAGACGAUAUCUGUUAUCACAAAUCAUUUGAAUAAAGUUCAAUACUUCAAUGAUUAUUCCAUAAGAAAUGAUAUAAAAAGAAAUUGAUUUGUAUGUCUAAUACGGCAGUUUAGAAAUUGGUAGUAAAAAAACAGAUAUACAUUGAAAUUCAAUGAGGUAUCAAUAAAUUUGUAUAUUCAAUAUUGAUCUGGUUGAUAAAGCAUAUUUUUUUCGUCAACUCCCUGUGUAUGUUGUACAGAACAUUUUGUGUAAAUAAUUAAAUAGGGCUAUAUGUAGACGUAUUAACGUACUAUAAAAACUUUAUUCAAGCAACUUGGACUGAUUAAUUAAUGCUUUUAAGAGAAAGCUUGUUGUUAUUUGUAGAAUAACUCUCACUAGAAUAAAUAAACAAUGUAUUGUAGUACAAUUACCAUUUAACUUGCCGCGUUUACAUUUAAAGAUAAAUAAAUACCAAGCUAUUUACAUUUUCUGACUUCUCAAUAUUAUUUGAAUGAGAUUCCGGCCUCCCUAUUCCCGUAUGACUGCAUCUUGCUUGAAAGUAAUUUUGAAAGAAAUAUUACAAAUAUCAUUACAUUAAAAAAACGGAUCGUGGUAUUCUCAAAAGUUUUUAAAAUAUAAUUAUAUACUGAAACAUUCCCUGAAUCAUUCACAUUCACAACUGUUUCAAUAUAUAUUUCUAGAAUAUAAAUAUCACUCCGUAUUUUUAAAUAAAUGGAAAUUUACAAGACAUUUUUGCAUAUACGCCGACAGAAAGCUGACUUAUUUCCGCAAAUAAUUUUACAUUUUUCUUCAACAUCUUAUCAACUUCUUAUCUUCAAAGAUAACAUCUAUAACAGCUACUAGAACUGACCUGGGAGUACUUCAUGUUAUUUAUAUAUUAAAGCAAUGGUUUCCAACCAGUAAUUCAUUGGUUAUCAGUUUUAAAAGUGAUAAAUUUCAAUAAUAGAACAAUUUGCAGUGCAAGUCAAUUGUCGUUUUCACAGACUUGUAGUGACUAAGAAAAAUCUUCCAAAAGUGUUACAAGGAAUGCUCAACUGUAUGAACUCCUAUCAAGAUUUUUUUCUAUCGCAAAAAAUAUCGUUUACCGAGUAUUUUAAUCAGAAAAUUGAAUGAGAUUUCUUAAGAAUAAAUGGAAAAAUGAUUAUAUAACAAAUUUUGAUAAAGAUACUGGAUCAUAGUUAAAAAAUACUUCGUAAAGUGAGUAUUUACUAUGUACUAUAUACUAUAACUAAUUUGGAAACUAGAAUUAUGGUUCAUUUUAAGGGAGGAGCUUUGAAACCACUUUAAAACUUUUGAAUGCGAAAAAUAAAGAUCUUAUGAGAUACUUUAUUAGUACCAAAUCAUUUGACGUUGGAUAAUGCCAUAAAGCGAUGAAGUACAAGAUGAAUUUUGAGAAAUAAUAAAAUAUCUCUUCAGUCCGUAAUUUGUUGCAGGAGAAAAUAAUAAUUACAUUUUGGUGUCAUGCUUCACUCAUAUACACGAGUUACAAAAAUUUCAUUUGAAAUAUCUCCAACAACUUUAUUAUUUUCUUAAUUAUUGAUGUUUACUAAAGGAAAUGGAGGUAGAGAACAUUAUUUGCUAAUAGAUUGAAUAAAGGUUGGACAAUUUGUAUAGCUGAUACUCGAGGGACCUAUCUAUUGGAAUACCAAUUAUGACACAUUGCUUAGUGCCAUCAGUAGCCAGUUAGAUAUCUACAAUUCCAUUCAGAGUAGUCUGUGUGAGAAUCUCUGUAUUUUCUCAUUUUAAUAGUACCAGCUAGAGCAAUAACUUUUGGAUAAACUAGAAGUGAACAUUCAUACUCAAGCCAAAUAAUUCGCUGCUAAUUUCACAUCGAAGUAGUUUUGCUGUCAACUUUAUUCUUGAAUUGUUCAAAAUGCGCCUCUUACUAGUUUACUAUGAGAUAGUGUAGUAAAUGACCGUUAAGAUUUUACAUCACCAAACUUAUAAUGUUUCCUAGAUUUGUUCAAUUAGUAGCUCGUUGUAAUUCUAUAUUUAAAUUAAUCGUAAUUGUUUCAGAUUAUGUGGAAAACUGGAAAAAAUUACUAAGGGUACAAAUGUAUAUUUCAUUACCAGCAUGUGUGUAUCUGUCUUCGGUUUUUGUCUUUUCAAAAUAUCUUUUGAAAUCGUGUUUUUUUUCAUCAAUCCGGAAUAUGACAACAAGACAUAUUCGUUAAUAGAUUUAUUUAUGUUAAAUGGAAAAAGUCAAUGAGAAGCAUUAUAAACGCUUCGCUCGAUGUCAAGGAACAAGUCUGAUCGGUUGGACAUUUAUAUAGAAUACACAGAAUAGUUAUUGUAUCUAGUUGAUGAAAAGGAUAAGUUAGAAUGAUAGUUAUUAGAAGAAUAACUAAAGCAAAAACUGUCGUUUUUAUUAAGUAGGCGAUCGAAUAGCAUAAACUGCAUGAGAAAAUAUGAUGUAUUGAUUUUUGUAAUAUUCAAACAUUAGCCUGUGAUAUAGACUUUUUUAAAAUGUCCUUUUUUCUAAAAAGUAUGAAGCUUACAUCGACUUUUAUGUACAAGAUACUGCUGGAAGCUUUAGAAAGUGGUUCAGUAGUGAAACGCACAAAUUAUUAAUUUAGUUGUAGUUUCUUUACAACUAUGAAUUGUUACAAAAGUUUUGUUUUGUUGGUUUUUAAAAUUAUAUUUAACUUUAUUUUGGUCCAUUUUGAUGCCAAAAUAAUGAGUUGUUCAGUAUUGUGACUGCUUUCAUAUUGAUGUAAAUUUUAACGGUAUCUUGUUGUUGGUUAACAUGGUGGACGAAGUGCAAUAUUAUCAAAAAUACAUUGUUAUUUGAAAUUUUCCGUUUAUAUUUUGUUUUUAGAAUAGUAUUCUUGUGCAAUUCCUAUCGUAGUUUACAAUCAUAAACUCGAUACAGAGCAUGAACUUGGUACAAUUUUUCAAUAUUAAGUUAAAAGAUAGUGAAAAGUCGAUGUAAUCUGAAAUAAUAGAAGUUUUGCGGCAAUGUGAAAAAUUCUACUAAAGUAUUUAAAUCGAUUUUUGAAGUGGCAACUACUAUGAGCUGAAGGACAUUGUUUAAUAGAAAAUAAGCGCUUAAGAAAUUGUUGUAGAUCAAUGAAAACAGUGUUUGGUUGUAUUUACCACGAUCUAUCAAACUUUAUUACAAGCAUUUCACUAUUUCUAUAAAAUAUAAUGUAAUAAGUUACUGUCACAUUUUGUGUUUUUUUGUAUUACUAUUUAAAUUGGAAUCUUACAAUUUUAAAUAUCUUUUGAUUACUGCUAAGUAUCAAAUCAAAAAUAUCUUGCUCCUUUGAAGGAAAAGUAAAAUGUUUCUCUUCAUAUUACAUAAAUAGAUAUUACAUGCAUUUUCUGAUUAUGUAGAAUCAACUAAUUUUUUUUUGUUUUUCUUCCUUCUUAUCUAUCUAUCCAAUUACUUAUUCUAGAUCUAUUCAAAUGCUAGGAGUUUCGGCCAUUGCAAUUUGAAUCUAAAUUAUAUUCAAAUAUUUUAUUGAUCCUUGUAUAUACAUAUCUGAAUUUCAUCUCUGGUCUAAAAAUUAAAAAUAAAAUUCUGAUGGUAAAAACAUGCAUAUUUCCUUCAGUUUGAGCCAUUUGCAUUAUGCCUUUUCCUGAAGCAACUUAUUAAAUAAUCCAUAUUUUACUUUUUUCACGUUGUUUGUUUUUAUAACUUAUUUUUGUAAACACUCAAAUCCUACUCUUUGUGAUUAUACUACUAGUAUGAAGUUCUCACUUAUUAUCUGAGGCUAUCAUAUUGUCUAUAACAGUUAUUUUGUCUAUUUUAUCAGUUGCGCUAGUAAGAUUUACACUUAAGAAAGAAUGCCAAAUCAGAUCAUUCUAGAAGACGCUUUUUUAAAGUAGUUUUAAAAUGAUUUUCAACUUCCUAGCACCCAGAACUACCCCUUCAAAAAUGAAUGCAUGGGCGCUGUUAUAUUAUAUCUUUCUGAGGCAACUACUAACCACUAAUUUUUUAUUUUAAUAUAUUUUAUGUAAGAAAUCUCUUCAAAUUGUUUUACACGAGAAUAACAAAUUAUUUUAAAUGAAAAUUAUUUUAUAAAGUACGUACUGUACUUUAAUAAUCAAAUAGUUUCAAAAUUUUUUGCAAUUUUGGUAUAAAUUACCAACAUUCCAACACGAUUUUCUGUCGAUGAUCUUUAAAAUGAGCAGGCGGUAAUCCUUGGAUUUCAAGUAGCCCCCGCAAGAAAAACGAGAGUAUAUAAAGUUGUAAAUUCAUAAAUGAUAGUUUUCUAUUCUGCUAAAAACAGUGAUUUUCAUAUAUUUUUACAUUUUAUAUUUUUUUUUAUUUUACAAAAUUUGUUUUUGACAAUCCUUUGAAAGGUAUUUUUUGACGUACCAGAUAUUUAAUCGGUUUAUUCAAUGAUCCAGUAGAAUAAUACGAACUUUUUAAUUAUAUAUCAUCAAAGACCAUAUUUUUAAAAGGAACUAGUUGAUAAUCAUUUUUUAUUUAUAUAUGUAACACAUGGAUUUGACUAGAGGGACUAGUACUAUUAAUAGUAUAAUGUUACUAAUUCUAGUAUUUUCAGUUUUAGUAAUUGAGGUUUCAAUAAUAAAUAAGUAAGUGCUCCAGAAGGGCUAUGAAUAAACGAGAGAAUGGUACAAUUUAUCAUCUUAAAUCAAUUUUUUGUGUUUGAGAAUGUGAAAAUAACAAAUUAGCUCAGUUAAUAUUCCAUGCUUCACUCCAUUCAUAAUAACAAUAUUUGAAUGAAAAUGUUUAGAAUUGACUAUAGCAAACAUUCAAAUGAUCUUGAAGGAAUCUCGUAUAUUUGGACCACCCGAUAAAUUGUUUUAUCUAUCCCGCGGUUGCUUGGACAAAGAUUUCCCGUUUUAUAUAAUAAUAAUCAUUAGUUCAAGUGAAGAAAUUUUCCCAAAUAUAUUCUUACUAUGAUUGGAAAUUAACGACAGCAACAUUUAACAUUACAAUUUUUUCCAGAUAUUUUUUAUACAUUUUUUUAUAUUAGGUCCUAAUCUAUAUACCUCCAUUUGUAGAUCUAAUGGUUAAAUAAUAUGCCCAGAAAAAAGUAUCUUCAAAGAAAGCAGUGAUUAUCAAAUUAACAGUAUGUUUAUUCAAAAACCCAAAAAUAUGUUGAGUCUAGACUGAAUUUUCACUUCAUUUCAUUUCAUUAUUUUGUUUGUAUAUACACAUCACUAAUCAUAAAGAGGAAGAAGUGAUUUAUAUGAUGCUACUGGAACUUGAUUUUCUCCUAUGUUCCUCACAUUAUGUGAUAAGUAACAACUAACCCACUAAAUAGAACUCUCAUGACGUACGUGUGAUGUUCAAAGGUAGAAGUGAUUGUUAAUUUGAUUUAUUAUUUUCAAAAAUUUUGUUAAAGAAUGUUCUUGUCAGUUCUACAGAUCAAAGAUCGAAAUAAA